GAUACUGCGUGAACACAUCACGUCAGAAUUUAGAGGGAUGCUGUUGCUCCUUCGACAUCAUGCUCGAGAUGCGUCCAGUCGCCGCUAGAGGCGUCGUCAUGGCCACCGCGACGCUUGUGCUACUACUCCUCUUACCCAUGACCGGAGCCACAGCCGAUAAGAUCCCGCUUGGCGCCAUAUUCGAACAAGGGACAGAUGAGGUCCAGUCAGCCUUCAAGUUUGCCAUGCUAAAUCACAACCAGAACGUCACAGCACGUCGGUUCGAGCUGCACUCGUAUGUGGACGUUAUCAACACUGCUGAUGCCUACAAGCUGUCACAUCUCAUAUGCAAGCAGUUCUCGAGAGGUGUAUUUUCCAUGCUCGGGGCCGUGAACCCCGACUCAUUCGACACUCUGCACUCCUACAGCAACACCUUCAAGAUGCCCUUCGUGACGCCCUGGUUCCCGGAGAAGGUGUUAACGCCAUCAUCGGGAUUCUUAGACUACGCCAUUAGCAUGAGGCCGGACUACCAUCAAGCUAUCAUUGACGUCGUGCGGUAUUACGGUUGGAGGAAGAUCAUAUAUCUUUACGAUUCUCAUGAUGGUCUGCUCAGAUUGCAACAGAUCUACCAGAGCUUGAGGCCGGGCAAGGAAUCCUUCCAGGUGGAGUCUGUGAAAAGGAUUCAGAACAUAUCAGAAGCUAUUGACUACCUACACAGCCUGGAGGAGCUCAGCAGAUGGAGCCAC